AUGCCCAUUCUGCUCUCGAUUAACGACCAUAUACAGGGGAGGGAAGGCAUUCUUAAUGAGUGCGUUGACUCCGAUAUAUCACCACGGGGCCCCGACAGCGAUUCCGACUCCGAUGAUGCAACGGCAAGUAUAGGACAGAAGAGGAAAAGUUCACGGCGUGCUUCCAGCAUGAAGAAACGGAAGAGGGUCUUGGCCAAGUCCGAAUGGGCCGAUGCAGUUCCAUCACACAAGAGCAAGCGGUCAGAGGCCCAAAAGGUCAACGAGAACGAUGUCUGCGACAAAACCCGUAGAUACGCAGAGACACUGCUCAAGAUGAAGUCUCUCGACGAGCAGGGUCAGCUUGUCGUUACGCCAAACUGGAACAAGAAUGAGACCAUGGCGGAUCACGUAUCUCGCCUUGCGUUGGCGAUGUUGAGUAGAGAUGCAGUCAAGCAGUUCGUCUUGGAAGACGGCGAUCCAACGUACAUGUUUCUGGCGCAACGGGGCAAGCAGACAAAUGAAACCGGAAAAGGGAUUGACUACGAUCAGAUCUGCAACAGAAACGAUCAGUUGCAGUUCGCGAAAAGCUACCAAGCUCUCAGGGAUGAAAGACAAUUCGACCGACUAGUGCAUGUCGAUUAG